UAAUUCAAUCAUCAAUGUCUAUAUUAUUUCUUUAUAUCUCCACAGUAUAUUUCCAUUCACGAGAGAGACAGGGAAACUGUGGCAUUGAGGUAAGAUGGCAUCCAGUGUGGGAGCAAUAGAUGCCGUAUAUUUCUCUGAGCAAAGGAAAAUAGAACUUUAAAACUGAACAUGUGGUUUUAUUACUUUUAUACAUUAAACUGCUGUUAUGGGGUCAUGCGGUGUACUGGCUUUUUCUGGAGCUUUCAACCACAUCACAAAGAAAAGCUCCAGAAAAAAGGGGGCCUUGAGUUGAGUUACUGUUUCCAUGGUGAUAAAUGAUUAAACUAACACAAUGUCAACUACAGCCAACCUUAUUUGGCCCGUCAAAAUAAAUAUUCUUUGCAUUUUCCAGUUUUUGCUCAUUUCUAAGACACAAUCUGUUGAAUUUUGUAGCAAAUGUCUUAGGCGUACAGUAUCAAUAAAGGUUCCUGAUAGAUAUAGCCAUCAGCACCAUGGAGAGCACUAGUAGACGUGGUAGUGAAGCAGCUUUGUGUUGGGUCAUAGAUCUUAACUUCUGGGCAACUGAGCCUAUUGGUCCUUGUAUAAAUCCAGUUUCUUUCCAGUAUUGUCUUUUUAUUCAGAUGAUUACAGAGUACUUUCAGGAAACCAUUAUUGAUUUCUUUUAGAGGUGAAGCAAAUCUGUGUGUUAUGGUGUUUAAUGCCAGAAGCCUUUCACUUUGAAAUGUUUUUAUUUCUUGUGUGUUGCUGAUAAGCUGGUGCAUUUUCUCUGGUUUUUAGGACAUCUAAUGAAGGAUAGUGUCCGUAAUGUGAUGUCAUACAGUAGUGUUACAAAACCACCAUUUAAGAGUUUUCUUGACCUGCUGCUGUUUAACCAUAAGUGGAGGAGUAGUGUGACUGUUUAAAAAUACCACUUGGUUAAUGAGCCCUCUGGGCUUGGAGCCCUUCUGAAGUGGAACACGAGGCAGCUGAGUUUUCUGCACUUUCACUGACACAAAUCAACUGUGUAUCUCUUCCCAGCAGUAAAAUUGUGAUGUCAAGACAAUGAAAGUGUCUUUUAAAGUAGAAAUAUGUUUAAAAACUGUUGAAAAUCUUAAGUUGCAGAUUCUUGAGACAGAUCUUUUACCUCCUAAAAAUAGCCUUGUCCCCUUCUAAAGGGCUACUCCCACUGCUCUGAGGACACACAGCUCUCCUUUCCAUUUGCCCUAAGAAAGUUAAAGAUGUCCCAAUGUGUCAUCUGAUCUGCCCUGGUAGCAUAUGUGACAUCACAUGUCUGGGAUAAAUAAGAGGGGGCUUUGACCAUGGCUCAGGACCACUCUGUCUGGGGACUUCAGCCUCUCACCUUCUUUCUUUCCGCUCGUCCAGCUCCUGCUCUCCAAAAUGGCCGAUUUUACAGCAGACCAGAUUGAGGACUUCAAGGAGGCGUUUGGUCUCUUCGACAGAAUUGGUGACAACCAGGUGGCCUACAGUCAGAUUCCCGACAUCAUGCGCGCUCUGGGCCAGAACCCCACCAACAAGGAUGUUAUGAAGAUUCUGGGAAACCCAAGUGCUGAAGAAUUGGCCAACAAGAGGGUCAACUUUGACACUUUCCUGCCUAUGCUGAAGACAGCCCACGCGCUCCCCAAAGGUACCUACGACGACUACGUUGAGGGUCUGCGUGUCUUUGACAAGGAGGGCAACGGCACAGUCAUGGGGGCUGAGCUGCGCAUUGUGCUGUGCACCCUGGGAGAGAAGUUGAACGAGCAAGAGAUUGAUUCCCUUAUGGCCGGCCAGGAGGACGACAACGGGCAGGUGCACUAUGAGGCUUUCGUCAAGCACAUCAUGUCUGUGUAAGAGGCCGACAGUAGGAGUGCUGAAGAAACUUUAGCCCGCUACAGACAGCCCAACAGUGUUCAGGACAUCUACACUGUUUCAAAGACCAACCAAAGAAAGAUAAGGACUAUGUACAAGGGAUGUUGAAGCAAACCCAUCUUGUUUGUUGUUAUUUUGUUCUCCUUUCCAUUUCAUCUCAAGCCCUUUUCUCUCGGGACAUCACAAUCAGCUCUCCGUUGUAGACCACCCAUCACUCGGCCUCUACUCCCCCCAGGGGCGCGUCUCCACUCGCCACAUGAGGUGAGGAACGGGGGACAAGGGGUGACCACUCAUCAAGUGAGGGUAGAUCCCUCCGUUCCCACCACCACCUCAUUCAGUCGCACCAUCACUGGCCCAGCAAUGCCAAAGGUGCUGGAGAAUGGUUGUGGAUUGACCGCCAAAAGUCUCCCCCUUCCCUGAAAAGUUGUAUUUAUUUUCAUUCUGUUCAUUUCAGAAUAAACUUUUCCAACGUACAUCCCAUCUGGGGUGAUCCUUGAUCUUUCAUUGUCCACAUACAGUUAGAUAUGCCCUAGUAAUAUGCACCAGUAUAUUGUAAAUGCCAAGGUUAAAGCAAGACUGUACAUUUUGAAAGAGGAAAGAUCACAUCAAUUUUCUUAAAAAUUGAUGUUUGAAAUCAGAAGUACUGAAACACAUUCCAUGCACUAAUUAGAUGUGGUCA